CAUCAAUUAAAACCUCCAGAAAUCUGAACGUUUUUUUCAAAUAAAAAAAAAAGAAAAGAAGAGAACAGCUCCGUCAAAACAAGAAGGACAAUUUCAAGCCUUGAAGUUUGAGUGCACCCGUAUGACUGAGUAGGGUAAAACACAUCAUCAUGCACACAUGCAGUGACAUUUUAAGGAUUCCUGGAACUCGUGGCCCCAUGUCUUUGUCGAGGGAUAGCUAGCUCUCCAGCUUUCCUGGCGUGAUUCUUCGAUUCUUCAGUAUCACCCAUCUCUCAAGACCCUGUGCACCAGUACAUGUUCGUACAUGUACGCUUUGUGGCUAACGAGCAAGGGAGGGUAGGACCUGAUUUUCCGUUUGCACAUUUUGCUCGUUUUGAGAGACGAGAUCCAGUCCGAAGGAUUUUGUACAUUGCAAAUGGAAUGGCGAGGAGAAGGACAAGAGGGGGACGAUUCCAAGGCCAAGUGUGGAGAAACGCUCCACUUUGCUCGUUCUGUAAGCUUGUCAGGGUUCACCGAAUCCAACACUGAAGGGGGUGGAUUGGAGAAGAUGGCUCAUGAAGCUACGCAAAUGAUUGACGCUGGGACUAAUUGGACCCUCCAGGAGGCUGGUUGGCAGUUCGUCAUUGGUUCCUGGUCAUGUUAAACGUCAGAUUUUGCAUUCAUACAUCGGGUUGCCCUGAUUGCUGACCGAUAAAAAAAAGGCCUUACUUGGCAAUUUCAAAUGUGUGUCAGCCCGACAGUCAUGGCGGCCGGUUGAAAGUAGAUGCAAGUCGGGAGAGUUGCUUUCAGGUGUGAGAUUUGCAAGCCCCAUUUGCCGUUUGGAUAGAACACAAUCCCGGUGAUACUCCAUCCAAUAUCAUGCCCGACCAUUUUCGCCAAGAGCGAACCGACAAGAUGGGACCGAGUUCUCCGGCCGGUUCCGACAGUCCCCUCUCAUUGGUGCUACCCCAUAAGACAAAAAAUCUACCUAGUCCUCACUCAAGACCCCAAGUUCACGGGAAGAUGAUACGGGGACCCCCUCAACAGUCCCAUGCCCAACAUCCUAGUCCGCACCAUAGCUCGUCCGGUUAUUCCGAGCCCAGAAGCUCUCCGGAUCGUAGUCCUUAUCACCAUCAUCAAGUUGGGUCACAUUCGUCACCUGUGUAUUGCCCCGUUCCUGUUGCUCACAAUGGGAGAUCUAUGGCCCAACUUGUGUGUGAUGAGUCGGAUGAAGCUCCCUUGUCCCUAGUCGUGGAAAAGAACAAAUUUGUGUCAGAUGAUAGUGGACAUGAAGAUGGAUCUUCCGGGCAGAACUCUCCCUAUCGCGGAGGAUCUCCUCAUCAAUUGCCCGAGGAUUAUUCUGUGGCCAUCCCCCGCAAAAUCUCGAACGAGCAAGAGACCCAGCGGGAAAUGAUCGAACCCAAUGUUACCAUAGCCAAAGUGUCGGAUGACACUGCAAUAGAUUUGUCAGAACAACAUCACUAUGAACAUCAUCAACAACAGCAUCAGAAUCAGCCUUUACACCCGCAACAACAACAACAACAACAAGAAAAUGAGGAUUGCAUCUCGNCUAGUGGGAAGAUGGAUGAAUAG